UUGUGUUUGUAUUUAUUCUAUUUAAUUUGUUUGCAUCGAGCAAUAUAAAGAAGAUUAAAAAUAGCACGAAGUUCCUCACACCGUGUGUACGAAGUGAAAAAGCGAUUGUUUCUAAAUCCUUUAUUAAUUAGUGCGUUGCACUAGCGUUCUUACUCCGGCUAGUUAAAUAAUCUUUCAAAAUUAAUUUCCUAAAGUACAACGGCAGUAUGUCUGCUAUUGGAAAGCCUGUGCUUUAUUCAUAUUGGCGCAGUUCUUGUUCUUGGAGAGUUCGAAUAGCAUUGAAUUUAAAAGAGAUUCCAUAUGAUAUAAAACCUGUGAGUCUUAUUAAAGCUGGGGGUGAGCAGCAUUGCAAUGAAUAUCGAGAUGUUAAUCCCAUGGAGCAAGUUCCAGCAUUACAUAUAGAUGGCCAUACAUUGGUUGAAUCUUUAAGCAUUAUGCAUUACUUAGAAGAAACUAGACCACAAAGACCACUCAUGCCUCAAGAUGUUCACAAAAGAGCCAAAUGCAGAGAAAUUUGUGAGGUAAUUUCAUCAGGAAUUCAGCCUCUACAAAACUUAAUUGUAUUGAUCUAUGUUGGUGAAGAAAAGAAAAAGGAAUGGGCACAGCAUUGGAUUACUAGAGGUUUCCGAGCUGUGGAAAAACUUUUGUCUACAUCUGCUGGAAAAUAUUGCGUUGGAGAUGAAAUUACAUUAGCUGACUGCUGCUUGAUACCACAAGUCUUUAAUGCACGCAGAUUUCAUGUUGAUUUGCGUCCUUUUCCAAUAAUAUUGCGGAUUGACCGUGAAUUAGAGACACAUCCAGCUUUUCGAGCAGCGCAUCCUUCUAGCCAACCAGAUUGCCCUCCAGAGGCAACAAAAUAAUUGCAUUGAUGCCAAUCAUAUAAAAUAGGAAUGAAGGCCAAUCAAGUAAAAAAAAAAUUUACAUUUAUCUUUAUUUUUAUACAUAUGCUCUCAUGCAUUAUGUAUGCAUAUAUAUGCAUUAUUAGAGUUGGGGUCAUUAUAUCCAUAGCCCUAUCAUAUCAGUUAGAAUAUGACUCCACUUUACAGAGCGAUCGCGAUGCGUAGCUCUUUUAGAAACGAAAUAUCUAAGCAUUAUAGUGGUUAAAAGAUGUAAAGCUUGGUACUUAUUAUUAAAAGCUCUAUAAAAUAUCUGAUAAUUUGAUAUGCAUAUAUCCACUCAUGGUUUUUCGCCCAUGAAAUAGCAUUUUUUUUUUAACUUUCUUCUCUGCAUCUUCGAAACCACUGGAUCUGCCAAUUUAAUAAUUCAACCAAUUGUUCAUUCAGUCAUUAUAAGUGCAAUGUUUUAUGAAUCCUUCAAAUGGGGUGGGAUUCAGAAACCUUUGAAAAGUAAAGAUAUCCAAAAGAUAUACUAUAACUUAUCCUAUAGGAAGUUAAAUAAUACUAUCUGAUGCAAUAUUGAAAUAUCAAAAAAAUAAACCAAGAUCAAAGGAAAUACUUAUAUUAAAUAAUGAAAUGUUUAAUAUUACUUUUUUUAAUAUCAUUUAUUUGUAACAAUC